AUGACGCUGACACUCUCCUCGCCUGCUGCCUACACCAGAGCCGAGGACGCUAUGUCGCCCGUUGCGAAAGGAGUUAUUAUUACCGUGUCGGCCCUCGUGGCGGCGGGCAUAGCUGUUUACGAGUCGCCUCAGUUUCGACAAUGGGUCGAUAAUUCGCGACGGAAGAUCGCGGUGGCGCUGCACCACCUCGGCGAUGAAAUCCAACCGCGAAACGCUACGUCAUCCCCCAGUCAAGACAUCUCCAUGACCGAAGAACUGGGUCCCGAAGCCGAAGAACGACGGCGACUGGCUCGGGAGGACAUUCAGAACCGACGCUCCAUGCUUGAAGAGCAUCGUAAAAGACGGCGGAGUGCCGGUCCAGGGUCGUUCGAUGCCCUGGUUGACGACGAGGGUCGGCUGUUGAGAGCGGAGGCUUCGGAUGCGAACAACGGAUCGUUGGCAAACUCAACCGCCGUGGAACUGGCGACGUCGCAGGUUGUUCAGCGCGGUGGCAAGCAACAGACCGAUUUGUCGACGCCUUUGCUUGCCGAAGGGGAGCCCGCGAGCUCGAACGCGAACGCUUCCACCGAGAAUGAUCAAUUGCACGUUGCUAUCCCGCCGCCGAAUCCCCAAUCCGCUACACUGAUAAACUACACACCUACUUCAGAGGCCUCGGAGAUGACUUUCUCGACGUCGACCAUGGACAAUUCAGAGCAUGCGGGGCAAUCUCGUUCACGGUCCUCCUCGUCCAGUCGCACCGAGGAUCAGCCUGAAGUCCUCUUCGCUCAUCCCGGUCUGACGGCUAAUGACACCAAUCAAGACAUGAGGUCCCCUUUCUCCGAUCUCUCCGAGCUCGACCCCGCCAGCUUCGAACAUCGCGAGCGCCCCUCCACGCCAUCCUCGUCCAGCGGCUUCAGUCAUAUUCACGCGUCUGCCGAUGACACGUCGGAUGGCACUUUGAGUGACUUGGGACAAUCGACCGGAGCGGUGACUCCAGCCAGUUGGUCGGAGGUUGGCAGUGUCAUCAGCCACGACGAUUUCAACACUAACCACCACGGGCUGUAAUCGCGCGGGGAGAGAGCUGUAUAGACUAAUCAAGUGUUCGGGCGGGCGCCACGGGAAUUCUGCUUAGGGUCUGAGGCGUUUUCUUUGUUUCCUUUCUGCAUUGCCUUCUUGCUUGGGACCUUCGGGAUAUCAGGGGUUUGUUUCUUUUGUGUAGGUAUCUGUAGAGAUUAUUGCUAACACUGGACUUGGUUAACUCCGGGGAAUUCUCUUGUUUGGGGGGGUUUUAACAGGAGUUGGUUCUCGUAGCAUCCAUGAAGCAG